UGGUCGAAAGUUUAUGUGUAAAUUUAAAUUUAAAAUUAUCUAUAAAGGCAACAUGGUCGUAUGUUAUGUGACUCUAUGUACCUAUUAAUUGUUAAAAAAAAUGCAAGUGAUGGUAAAUAUCAAUUUUGUAAAGUUUGCUGUGGAUGUGCAGACUGAAAAUUGUGAGUUUAUAUCGGAAAACCAUAUCUGUGUGCCUCAUUUCUUUAAUCCUAACGCACCAUGCACUCAACAAAGAAAUUUCGUAUAACGAAGACACGGAUUUCCUUCGAGAAUCUAUCAAACGCUUUGGACCCCCUCAUCCGCUAAAUUUCGAAAACUGCAGCCUUCCUGGUCCAGAAAUAUCGACUUAUAAGGACCUUGUUCAAGAAAAUAUAUUCACUAAUGAAUCCGGAACUUAUACUCUUAAGUUCUGGACAGUUACCGACGACUUCAGUUAUAUCAACCGCUACGAAGUAAGAGAAACUAAGAUCAUCAACGAUGAGGAAAUUAUCGCUAUCAAAGGCCAGUUUACCGAGAAAAUUCCACGAAAACAAGCGGGUUUCUUCCUUCGUACAGUCGGUUUUGUUAACGACGAGACAAGUUAUCGUUUAUUUUUACUUGAUGUUACGAAAAUUACAACAAACUUAAAAAAGAAAUUCAAAAUACCAAUUAGUGGAGGAUGUGGAAGCCUAAUACGAAGAAGUCUACUCCAACCAUGCGCACUUGCUUUUUUAGUUGGCCUUCAUAUGUACCAAUAAUGAUAACUGUAGUUUAAGACUCAAGUAUGAAGUAGAUUAGAGCAUGCAAGCUUGGUAUAGAGCAUGGUAGAAGAAGACAUGGUAUAGGCAUACGCAUCUGGUGUGACGUCAAGUGGGGUGAAAUUAGCGCGAAAUUUAAAAUACAAUUCGUUAUCCAACAACUAAUUGACGUAUUGGACAGAGCAAUGACAACUCAAGCUGAAAUUCCCUAGACUUCCCUAGCGAAGCUCACAAGAGUCACAAGGUCGUUGAUGCCACCUAACGUCACAAAUGGAUGCGCAGACCAUUUUUAAAUUGGUACAUCGGAUGCCUAUACCAUGUCUUCUUCUACCAUGGUAUAGAGUCUAUAUUACAAUGUACAUAUCAACGUAAUAGAGCGUGUUAAUUAAAAAUACUUAAUAAAUUUACAUUUUGUAAUGUCUGGCAC